CCGUACUGAUUUCCACCCUCGCUUGAAACCUUGAACAUUCCUCCCAAUGUCCUAAAUGCCCUUAUGGCGUCUCUUUGUUCCUCCACUUGUUGGCUGUCCAUGGAAAAUUGGUGUCCCAUUUGGGCAUCUGGCCAUAUCCCAUGAGAAAUUCAACUUUCUUUCUCCAAUUUUGGCUCUCGGUUUAGCUGGGUUAAACCUUAAAUCAAUUAAAAACUUCAAAAGUUGCGAAAGAUCAAAGCUUUGUUGGAAGAGUCGAGAAGGGACGCAGCCACAGGGCAAAGAAGAAUUGCGGGGCAGAAGCAAAGAUGGCUAUGCAAACUGCAGCCGUCUCUUCCAAAGUACUCAUUCUUGUUGGCGCCGGCGCAGGUUUGACAAGUUCGAUCAUAUUGAAGAACGAAAGAUUAUCUGAGGUGAUUGCCCAGCUGCAGGAAUUGCUCAAGGGUGUUCAAGAUGCUGAAACGUCGCCGUAUAGAUACGAUACUGCUGUCCUUGCAGCCCAGAUUCGUGAGUUGGCUCAAGACAUAAAGGAGAUAUCCAUGAACAAUCAUGUAACCAUCUUCAAUGGGAAUUCUGAAAGUGGAAGCUUGGCAUCUUAUGUUAUGCCGGCUGCUGCACUAGGAGCGAUGGGUUAUUGUUACAUGUUGUGGAAGGGGUUGUCAUUGUCAGAUGUAAUGUUUGUGACGAAGCACAAUAUGCAAAAUGCUGUUGCAUCUGUUUCUAAACAAUUGGACCAUCUAUCUGAUUCCCUUGCAAAUACGAAGAAGCAUCUAACCAAAAGGUUGGAAAACUUGGAUUGGAAAAUGGACGAGCAGAUGGAGUCAUCUAAGCAAAUUGCUAGUAAUGUAGGUGAAAUGAAUUCUAACCUUUCAGAAAUUGGAUUCAAUGUUGGGACAAUUCAUCAAAUGAUAGCUGGCCUGGAAGGAAAACUCGAGCUUCUGGAAAGCAAACAGGAUGCAACAAACUCAGGUAUUUUGUACUUAUGCCAAGUUGCUCAAGGCAUGAAAGAUGGGUUUGGUAGAAAAGUAUCCAAGGAACUUGGUGCCAAGGUUGCCAACCUUGUGCUGACCAACGGUGAAGAAAUAUCUCUCAAGGGCCUCCAGUUUCUCGCCGAGGAGGACUCCAUGGUCAGAGCCAGUAAGUCGAUAGAAAAGGUAAAGACAGCUGAUCCUGACAUCACCAGCCUCCCAGGCGAAAAAUUGACAAUCACAAGACCAAGAUUCAUUCACAGGACAAACCCAGUUGGGCUGUCAGGUUUUGGCACUGGAGCUUGAGAAGCCACCAUCUUCAAAAGAUUGAUCUUGUAUAAUUUUGUACACUUGAGUUUUCACAUUGGUUCGGAUUAUCACAUUUUGCAUUCAUCUGCUCCAUUAUUUCAUUGGAAAGAAAGGAUUCUAUGGACGGUAUGAUGUAUGAUGGUAUUGGAAGUUUGUAACACAGGAGAGGGAAAUAGCGAGGGCAUAUAGAAAUAAGUCGGUACUUGGAACAUGGAAGAGCGCCAUCGAUGAAACUUAGAGAACUAGUUCAAGAGUUUGUAAUAGUUGUUGUAUACUUGUGUGAAUGGAAAAAUCAGAUUGAAGUUGCGGGUCCUUCAUGAUUUCCAUAUAGUAAUUGUUUGGUUAUCCAGUUUCAAGGAACUUGCUUGGCUAAGUCAGGUUGGAAAGUCGGCCAACCACCAAUCCUGGGUACUGCUAGCAUGAGAUCAAAUUACUCAAUCGACUCAUUUGAUUUGAUCAAAUGACGAGUUUGUCAAAAUGAAUUCAUUUACUUCUU